UCUUAGAUCUGUAGGAGAAAUACACAGUAAGAGAGGAAAUAACGAUGGGCAAAGCUGUCUGCAUUCUGCUCCUAGCCCUCAUUGCCAUUUCCAUGGUGGCCACCACUCAUGUUAUGGCCGCAAAUGCCCAAUACAACCCAUCUAUAACCAUACCCGAUGGCCUGAAGAAGCCGCCCGGCGGCCUGAUAAAGCCACCCGGUCCUAUAACUAAAUAUGGCCCCGGAGUACUGAAGAAAGCCCAGUGCUUGAAUAAGUGUUCAAAGUGUUGCGGUAGCACACAGGCGUGCCUCAAUUUCUGCAACCAUUGCUGCGUCAAGUAUCCAAUCUGCCCUUGUAACAACAACUAGAAGAUCUAGCAAGGCGGAUCCAAGUGCCCUCAGAUUUAAGUAAUCAAGUAAUUCCUUUUGGCUCUACUUUGUGUGUGUGUUUUCAUAUCAACAAUUUACAUUCUUGUUUCUGCUUUUCAUGAUUUAUAAACUGUACCUGUUUUUGUAUCUCAUUACCAUCAUGGUCGGAUUUGUUGUUGUGUUAGAUCACAACUUCUUUGACAAAUCAAUAAAAUUUCACUUCC